CUACCGUCUUGAUCAGUUUAGAAUUGAGUGAAUAAUCUUUCGAUAUUGAACUUGAUGCAUUCAUGUGCAUUUUCAUGAUACCAUGGCAACUCGGACUUUGACAGCAAAGUUGUGGCGUCUCAAUGCAAAUUUGGUAUCGAAACAACAACUUCGCCGGCUCACGCUACAUGAAUAUCAGUCGCAGAACCUUUUGAGGGAGUUUGGCAUCCCAGUACCCCGAGGACACCUCGCUAGAACACCAGCCGAAGCUGCGGUGAUUGCCACAGAGCUUGGCGGAACCUGUUCGCUCAAAUCGCAGAUAUUAAGAGGUGAUAUCGAUGACGGCAAGUUUGACAACGGUUCAGGGGCCGGCAUUCAACUGGUCAAUGAUGCGGAAAGCGCCGAGAAAGCUGCCAAUCGCAUGCUUGGUCACUACUUGAAGACGGGUCAAUCCGUAGGCAACGGUAUACUGGUCAACAAGCUUCAUGUUACGGAAAGUCCGAAUCCCGAGAGAAAGUGGUACUUGGCGAUCACAUUCGAUCGCGAGAACUAUUGUCCAACAAUCAUCGCGUCAAGAUUUGGCGGAGUCGCCAUCGAAAAGAUAGCAGCCCAGCAUCCAGACGAGCUGCACACAUUUCGAUUUGGGUUCACGGAAGGCAUCACACCCGAACUCACCGACAAAGUCUCGAAAUGUCUCGGUGCUUCGGCGAAAGAGAAGGAAGACCUCCAUGACAUACUCGGCAGACUUUAUAAGAUUUUUACAACAAAGGACGCCUAUUCGCUUGAGAUCAAGACUCUAGCAGGCUCAUCAGAAGGAGGUCUGACUUGCAUGGACGCCAAGUUCUCAUUCGAUGAUGCUGCGGCCAAGCGGCAAAAAACACUUUUUGCAGAGCGAGACACGGAACACGAGGUUCCAGAAGAAGCUGAGGCUGAGAAAUAUGGGUUGGUCUAUGUUCGCAUGGACGGCGACAUUGGCAAUGUGGUCAAUGGAGCAGGUCUCGCGAUGGCCACCAAUGAUGCGAUUGCCCUUCACGGUGGCGCCAGUGCCAACUUUCUUGAUGCCGGUGGACAAGCGACGAAGGAGACCAUGGUCAAGGCAUUUGAGAUUAUCCUGCGGGAUCAGAGGGUAAAGGCGAUAUUUGUCAACAUCUAUGGCGGAAUUACCAGAGGCGACAUGAUCGCAGAAUCCAUUCUUGGCGCAGCCAAAGAGCUGGGCCCGCUCAAGAUUCCCAUGGUGGUUCGACUUCAAGGCACCAAUUCUGAGAUGGGAUUGAAAAUCCUAGAGGAAGCCAAUCUUGGAUUGCAUACCGAAGCAGAUUUUGGGAAAGCAGCGCAAAAGGCAGUAGAGCUGGCUCGAGGAUCAAGCUUGGCAUCAAAGAAUCCGUAG